UUCAGUGAUUAAUUAUUUCAUUUCAUUCCUGCAGUUUUGCAUUGUUGUUUUGAUUGCUUCUUUGGUGUUAAAAUACUAUAAAAUCCUUUGAAAAUACCAUAAAUAAUAAGUUAAAAGGCUUGUAUCAAAAUGUCAAUUAUUACGGUAUCUGGAUUGCCUCCCCGCUGGGAUAUGAAAUUGUUGGUGAGAAAAUUAAUACAUCCAAUAAGAGGAAUUUUUGAAGUACUUACUAUCCAAUGUACCAAAAGCACUAGGACUGGUUAUGUACGUCUGUCGGAAAUGCUCGACCCACAGACAGUCGUGAAUAAAAUAAACAAUUUUUCAUUUGGUAAAAUCAAACUGCAUGCUAGAAUACCUGAUGAUGAACCAACAUUACCCAGCGUAGUAAAGCCUCUCGGAAUGCCAAACAAUCUUCGCAGAGCUUACGGUAUAGCUAACGAAGGUACAUCGGGAGAGGUGUUACAUGCAGCGCACACUGAGAUUAUGGAGGAACUACAAUCAAAGUAUGCUGGUUUAUUUAAACUGAGUAAGACAACUGGUCAUAAACUACUGCAAGCAAUUGCCGAGGACUUAUUAAAUGAAAUGCGAUGGAUUAUGAUAAAAGCAAAAGAUGUUAAUACAAGCUACAAACUGACUAAACAGUACAGGAAGUUGCACCCACAUCACUGUGAUUUCAGUUUGAUUUUGUCAAAGUUUAAUAAUAUUGAAAGGGCAGCGGGGAAACCUCCAUCCGGACUAAACCAGGAUGACCUAGUCAUGCCUACCGACAGACCUUAUGUUCUGUCUAACAUGCCGUUGGAUAAAGUUCAAGUUAUUUGCACAAAGUAUGCAAAAUCUAUAAGCUUAAAGCUACAAAACCACAUAAGUGAUUUAAAAACGACCACAAAUGAGGAACCGAUGGAGGAGGAGUUGGCUGUGCAGAAGGUCAGGCAAGAGUUGAAGAAAAUCAUUCCUUACAUACCUAUGAUGGUACAGAUAGUUGUGAAGGACAACAUAUUGCAGAAGAAGAGUAUGUAUUAUAGAGUCAGAAUCUACGGCGAGCCGUUCCUACCGAAUAAGGACAUGAUGCUGAAGUUCCUGAAGAAGUACCACGCGGUGAAGAUGUACCGGAGCGACCGCGCAUUCAACCUAAUGCACUGCAAGGUGCCGCUCACCACCUUGCCCAAGUUCGCUGAUGCUGACGGCACUAAUAUAUGCGGAGCUAUUAUGUACAUCCGUCUAUCAGACGUGGAGUACUACAAAGUGCCGGACACCAUGGUGUCUGAGAUGUUGUCGUUCAAGCCGGUGAUGCCGGAACAGCCGCCAUUGUCCACAAGCCAGACACAUCCUCAUGAUGAUUAUGAUAGUGAAUGGAGUGAAAGUUGGUAGUUUUAAGUUAUAAUAAAUUAUAUUAAUGUUUGUAUUUUGUUUUAAUAAUCCUUAAGAUAUUGUUAUAGUUAUAAUACGUGAAUAAAAAUGUUUUACUUGUUUUUUUUUUUAAAUAUAGAACAGAUUUACUUUCUGUAUGUGUCCCGGCAAAGGUACGGUUAGAUGUAUCGGUAAGAAUGUAUUCGUUUUAGUCAUUCCAUUUGUAUGAAUUGCAUGCAGUAUUACGUAAAUGUUUUAAUAUGGAUGUAAUCAGAUUUCAAAUAAUUAAAUUAUUAAACUUAUUCAAGUAAG